GGAAGAGAUCCUGGUCCCGCGACGGCAACCCGGAAGCAGUCCCCGGCGUCGAGGCAGGAGGGACGCGCCCGGCUGAGGCGAGGUCGCUCUGCGCAGCUGUUGCGGGGCCAUGGCCGGGACGGCGCUGAAGAGGCUGAUGGCCGAGUACAAACAAUUAACACUGAAUCCUCCGGAAGGAAUUGUGGCAGGCCCCAUGAAUGAAGAGAAUUUCUUUGAAUGGGAGGCCUUGAUCAUGGGCCCAGAAGACACCUGCUUUGAGUUUGGUGUUUUUCCUGCCAUCCUGAGUUUUCCACUUGAUUACCCGUUAAGUCCCCCAAAGAUGAGAUUUACCUGUGAGAUGUUUCAUCCCAACAUCUACCCCGAUGGGAGAGUCUGCAUUUCCAUCCUCCACGCACCCGGCGACGACCCCAUGGGCUAUGAGAGCAGCGCGGAGCGGUGGAGUCCCGUGCAGAGCGUGGAGAAGAUCCUGCUGUCGGUGGUGAGCAUGCUGGCAGAGCCCAAUGAUGAAAGCGGAGCUAACGUGGAUGCGUCCAAAAUGUGGCGCGAUGACCGGGAGCAGUUCUAUAAGAUUGCCAAGCAGAUCGUCCAGAAGUCUCUGGGACUCUGAGACCUCCCCGCCCACAGGUGCGCACACACCGCCCAGCAGCUCGGCGUUUUCCUCCGGGGCACUUAGUGACACUGAUACUCUGUGCUGGUACCAAACAAGGCAGACUUGCAAGAACCACAGCAUCUUUUCUUUUUUAAACCUUUCCCACCCCACACAGGCUUCUCUUCUGAGAUGACUGACGUCACCUCUUGACAGCUUACUGCAGUUUUACAGUGUCCCUCACAAAGGGCUUCAGGUAGUUACCAGGGCUGUCAGCACUACCUCUCCCCGCUGAAACCAGCAGUUCAUCGCUCCCCGUGGAUUCCCUCCCGUCCUGGAGUGUUCAGGGGGUUGUGCCUGCCAGACCUCCAAGGGACGAUGGAAUACCCAGGACGCUCCUUCUGAAGAGAUGGGCCCUGUGGCUGCAGCACAGGGGAGGGCCCAGCACCCCUUCGGGGUCUCUCCUGGCUCCCUGUGGCCCGUGAGGAGUCCGCUCUUCCUUUCUUCCUUCAUAUUUUACAGGCAGACGCUUUUGUUAUAAUCUAGUUACAGCUUUUCCAUUUGUCGUGUAUUACAAACCAUCACACUUAGAAAUACUUCCAGGAAAUGAUUUUUUUAAAGCGUGAAUUAGUAAGAAAUAGGGUGCACAGAAAAGUGUAUUGCUGAUCACAAGGACGGAUAGUUUUUUCCUGACCAUACUCGACAAAGAUUUACGUUUGUGUGUUAGCAACUAGUGCAUUACCAGAGCAGGUGCAGGUGAGGUCUUAGAGCUUCAGUGAGGGUUUCUUCUAGAUCUACGGGAAUUUUUCUUUUCCAGCCUAAAAACUGGAAGCUCUAGGGUUUUGUACGUUCUGGAUGCACUAGGAAUUUAUUAGCACAAAAUCAUUCUUUGCAACUCAAAAGUCAGAAGGGACUCUACCAUAUCUUAGCCCAGAGCACAGAGGAGUGCCUUAUCCCCACCCUUGACUGGGCUGUGGAGGUGGGCAUGUGGGCCCGUGGGCCCCGGUUGGGGACAGAGCCCAUGUUUUGUGACUUAGGAUUUUGAUGUGGCUCCCAUGUUCUCUAACAGGGCCAGCUGAGCAGCACAGGCCAGGAGGCCACAGUAUAAGCAAUAACAGAACUGCCACAUGCAGAAGCAAAUAUCAGGCCUGUUGCACACAGGUGACAUUUAAAUAGGAAUUUCUAUUUUUGAAUAAGGGAUGGUCUACGAGGCAUACAGUAGACUUGAUCCUUCUCUGCCUCCCGUCCAUAGUGGAUCGUGGUCUGUGUGACUGAACCCACGCAGAGCGUCAGGGUUUACCGUUCCUUGUUGAAGGAGCUCCACAUUGGGCUUCUGUGGACACCAGAUUCUUUCCUUCUCACAAGGGACUUACUUAAAAUUUGGAAUGCAGGGCAAGAACUCGAAUUUGGAAGGAGAUGGGGAAAGGAGUGCUACUGUACCUAAGUAGUAUUUGCGGGCAAAUGAGAUGGAGCACUCUCUGUAAAGAAGAGUCGUUGUACAAGUAGAAUGGGGGCUGCGGGUGCGGUCCCCAAAGGGCGCACGAUUGCCUGCGGCUUCUGUGAGAUGAGAGGGCGGGGAGGCAGUCUCUUGACAAAAUAAAAUAUUUUUAUUCAUUUGUAUUUAUUAAAUGAAAAAUCCCAUGGUGUCCCUGUUGUGUGAAAUAAAUCACUGUUGAAAUAAAGUUCUGUGUUUUCCCUGC